AUCUGUCAAUGAUAUAGUUCUUUAGAGAAAAAUCAGAAAAGCAAAGAGUUCCUUUAUUUCAAAUCCAUUAAUAGUGAGAAGAAAAGAAGAAAAAUAUGUUACAAGCUUUAGCUGGACUCCAAUUUCAACUGAAAGAGCAAUUAGGAGAAAAGGAGAGGAGACUUCAACUCAGCCAGAAAGCCAGGGCCCAGCAUAUCCAGUUCCACACACAGUUUUCAUACAAACCAAUGUUUCACAGAUUUUUCCCUGGAAGACCAGAGAUUUCUUCAAGUCAAUUGCCAUCCUUUUCCAAGGUCCCAGAGCACCUGGAAAGUCCUGCAAAGACUCAGCUACAGAAAAUCCAGAGACAGCAAGUAAAACCCUUCAUGACUUUUGAUUACCAGAUUGUCAGCCAGACUCUUCAACAGUCACAUCCCCCAACACCAAGCAGUGCGCUUCUGGAAAAGCAUGGACACCUGUCUCCUGAGAGUGACCCUGGACUCACUGGAAACACAUACACCAAGUUGCUAACUCUUGGAAAAGAAGAUGACAGAGCAGAAUGGCAUAUGGAGCACGUUAUUGAGGAUAUAAUCGGUAUGGAAUCAAGUUUUAAAGAGGAAGGAACAGACUCUCCUCUGCUAAUGCAAAGAACAUUAUCCGGAAGUAUUUUGAAUGUGUAUGGUGGUGAGCAGGGAAUUUCACCAGUUAAUAUGGGCCUUACAAGUGCUUCCUGUCCAAGUAGCCUACCAAUGAAAAGAGAAAUUACAGAAACUGAUACUCGAGCUUUGGCAAAAGAAAGACAAAAAAAAGACAACCACAACCUCAUUGAAAGAAGAAGAAGGUAUAAUAUUAAUUACCGAAUCAAGGAGCUUGGCACUCUUAUUCCCAAGUCUAAUGAUCCUGAUAUGCGCUGGAACAAAGGAACCAUUCUAAAAGCAUCAGUGGAGUACAUCAAGUGGCUACAAAAAGAACAACAGAGAGCCCGAGAAUUAGAACACAGACAGAAGAAAUUAGAGCAGGCUAACAGGCGGCUUCUACUCCGCAUUCAGGAACUAGAAAUACAAGCUCGUGCUCAUGGUCUGCCAACCCUGGCUUCCCUUGGCACUGUUGACUUAGGUGCUCACAUCACCAAACAGCAGACUCAUCCUGAGCAGAAUUCAGGGGACUAUUGCCAACAACUGGCUCUAUCUCAGGGGACAAGCCCUGAGCUCUAUGAUCAAGCUAUGGCCUUCUCUGAUCCUUUGUCACACUUCACAGAUUUAUCAUUUAGUGCUGCUUUGAAAGAGGAACAAAGACUGGAUGACAUGCUACUGGAUGACGCAGUAUCUCCAUUUGGAUCAGAUCCUCUGUUAUCUGCCACUUCCCCUGCAGUUUCCAAAGAGAGCAGUAGGAGAAGUAGUUUUAGCUCAGAUGAUGACGAUGAGUUAUAAAACCUAAACAGGCUGAAUUCAUCAGCCGGGAAGCACUUCCAUACUGGUGCUAUGCAAUUAUGUUCUGUGUUUCAUAAAUUGCUUUGGCUUAAUUCUUCUGAAAGGAAUAUAUUGUUCAUGAAAAACUGACUAAUCAGAAACAACAGAAGAAUUCACAGGAAGAAGAAACAUGGUGUUGAAUUACUGAGGAUUACAAAAUAUGUUUUCUUCUUUGGCUGCGGAGUCUGAAUCUACUUAAAUUUUGUUUUCCUGAAAAGAGGGACAACAAAGGAAAGAGCUCUACUGGUGUUUGAAAUGUAGCAACUUGGUGAUGUGCUACUGUUGGAACCAACAGACUGCAAAGAGCAGACAUACUGAAAUAAACAAACCUUUUCUUAGUUAUUCACUUCCAUCUCCUUCCUAGUCAGCUCUUAAAAUAUUAAUUUUCAAGAAUCAAGAUCAACAGACAUCGUGGCUCAUUGCCAUUCUCAACUGUCGGAUGGGGCAUAUUGUCCAGAAUUCAAGCCUAACAGGGGAAAUGAUUUAAAAGUUAUGUCACUUGUAAUUGGAAAGUGAAUCUACAAUAAACAUUAGCAUUUUCCACAAUAAAGUACAGAAAAUUUAUAAAAACUUUGAUUUCUAAAAUUAGACCCUAAUUCCUUUAGUCAGUUCAAUUGUACUAAUUCUUAAAUGUCUCUUUGUACAGUUGUGGGACAUGAUCAAUUCAGAAAAAGGAACACUGAAUACUUUCCUCAAGAAUACAGGCUAGAACUUUAUCCCUUCCCACAAGCAUACAGUCACAAACAGGUGCACGAUGCAGGUAGUAUGUGUUCUCUUUUUUCCUUCACUCUUUUGAUUUUCUAAUAAGCAUUAGAAAUCACAUUUCAAACCCUCUUUUCUUCAUCAAGAAGAGAUAUUGGAUACUCAAUUUCAGUAAGUAAAAUG